AUGCCAGGUGGAUUCAUUCAAACAGUUCGCAAAAUAGGAAAAGCAUAUUUGUACAAGCCUAACCAUACUCUGAAAAUAUUUCCAACUGAACUUCAACAUCACCGAAUUGGACUCAACAUCACGAUGCCGUCCAUCUCUGCUUCGCUUGAGUACCUCCAAAAGCUGGAACUCUACAAACAUGAGAAACCAUAUUGGCUAUACUUAACUUCCCGGCCAGACGUUGAACCAAGCACGCAGCGUGUUACGAAUCUCGAAUUUGAGCACCAUGACGGCAUUCUCGUACAAGACCUUCGUCAACUCCACACGAAGCCAGACAUCAACGAAUGUGGAUUCCAAGUCAUAUCUCACCAGAGUACCGUCGCACAGUUCUCCUCUGUCGCAGAUAUUCAGAACUACAGAACUGAGACGGAACAGCUCCUUCGACAAGCUCUUGGAGCAGUUUAUGUCCAGUGCUACGAUUCGGUGCUGCGCAAGAAUAUCACUUUCGAGCGUGAUCGAAUCGAUCUAGCGGAUCCUUUACGCAUAGAAGGUCCAGGCCUGGGCGUACACAAUGGCAAGUUCACCCUAUUAUCCUAG